AUGGAAAACACAGGAGUGUUUUUUAACAUAAAUUUCGAUGGAACCAAAUUUUCGCUCGAGGCUCCAAGCAGCCUUUCUAAACUUCUAUGACAAGUUGCUAGACAAAUAAAAUACUCAAAACCAGUAUCAAAUCUGAACCUUUUUCAUAAUGAUAGAUUGGUAAAAACAAUGCUUUCAUAUAAAAAUCUACUAGAAUCUCCAGGAGAGCUAAACAUAUUAAUUAAAGAGAAAGAAAAUCUUUGAAACUCUUUAUCUCCCAGCAUUAUGUGCAUAUCCAAAAAUUAUAUCAUGUGAUACACAUAUUCAUUACUUCCAGGCAGACUUGAAAAUCUUUUAAUUCCAUCUCAUUCAGUUUGUUUUACUUUCAAUAAAUCAUUUCCAAGAAUAAUUUGUGCUGAUCAGCACUGAGAAUUUAAUACUAGCUCUUAUACAAUCAUCCGAAAAGCACCAAUGCAAACAUGCCGAUAUUAUUUUGCAUCAAUACUCAUUGAAGACUUUAUCUAUACUUUUGGAGGAGUUAAUAAAGAAGGAUAUACAACUGACUCAGAAAGAUACUCUUAUGAAACUGAUACCUGGACAUAUAUCGAAAAUUGUCCAUUACCAGGUAGAUCUGGGAUGUCCACAGCAAAUUGAGCAAAUCUCUAUAUUUUCUUGUUUGGAGGUUUUGACGGGCUUGAAUACUCAUCAAAAAUUGACAAAUAUUGCAUAUAUUCUGGAGACUGGUAUAGCAUUAGCCUUUCUUUGCCAAUACACACACAAUAUUUAGGUGCUUUUGAAACAGGUAGAGGGAUUCUUUUAUUUGGGGGUAAAAAUAAUAAAGAUUAUUAUCUUUUUUCUCCAGAAGAAGAGAUAAUAAUUAAAUUAGGAGCUUUGACAAAUGCAGUACCUUUAAGGUUUUCGCAAAAUCCCAUUCUUAUCAACUCUGAAUAUUUUAUUGUAAAUCAAUCUAUGAAUGUUCUUCAAUAUGACCUAGACUCAGAGAGCUGAAAAAAUGGCUUCGAUUUUUAUAACCUGAAUGAGAUAAACUCUAAUCCAUAA